GGGCGCGGAGAAGGGCCCUGGGCUGGGCCGAGGCGGCGGCGGGCGGCGGCGCGGGGUCACGGCGGCGCCAUGGGGAAGCGGGAUAACCGUGUGGCUUAUAUGAAUCCCAUAGCUAUGGCCAGGGCACGAGGUCCUGCCCCAAAUUCAGGACCAACAAUACAAGACUACUUGAACAGGCCAAGACCAACAUGGGAAGAAGUGAAAGAGCAACUAGAAAAGAAAAAGAAAGGAUCCAGGGCUUUGGCUGAGUUUGAAGAAAAGAUGAAUGAGAAUUGGAGGAAAGAACUGGAAAAACACAGGGAGAAAUUACUGGGUGGAAAUGAAAGCUCCUCCAAAAAAAAAGAGAAAAAGAAAAAGGAAAAGAAGAAGUCUAAUAGGUUGUCUUCAUCUUCCUCUUCUUCAUCAAGCUCUGAUUCUUCCAGCAGUUCAUCUGAUUCAGAAGAUGAGGAUAAAAAGCAAGGGAAGAAAAGAAGGAAGAAGAAGUAUCGCUCCUCACGGAAAUCUUCAGCAAGCACAACUUCAGAAUCUGAGUCAGACAGCAAGGAUAGCACAAAAAAGAAGAGGUCAAAGGAAGACUGUGAAAAAGAGAAGGACGGUAAAAAUCACCACAGGAAAAGGAAGAAAGCAGAUCGUGGUGAUGCUCCUUUAUCGUCAGAAUCUGUAUCUGAAUCGGACCAGACAGAGGAGGUGCAAGCGAAAAAGAAGAAAAGCAAUGACGAAAAAGAGAAAACAGAUAAAACAAAAAAGAGAAAGAAGCACAAGAAACAUGGUAAAAAGAAGAAAAAGAAGACUGCUGGUUCAAAUUCAGAUUCAGAAUAAUAUUUUAAAACAACCGGAGACUAUCAACAGAAGUGCAAUGACUAAAGGAAACUUAAACUGUGAAAUGACAGCAAACUUUACCA